GUUAUUUGCCAUUAUUGUUUUCGGAAAACAUGUAUUUAUUAGUGUAGUCAAUAGGUACAUUAAUUUCCUUAAGAACGCAGUGUGUUGGUGAGGGGCACCCAUGUAGAACAGUGAAUUCAACAAUUCAUGUAAACUUUCAAGAUCCAUGUUUCACAUUUUCAAUGUGCCCAUUUGCCCCCAUAAGACAUUUCUAAUAUUUCUACUUUCUAGUUAUGACCCAUGACUUACGAGUACAUAAUAAUUAAUACUCAUGACCCACAAUCAGUGUAGCCAUACUUUUACAUUAUUUAUCAUGCAUUAUCCCGAAUAAAUGUAUAUAAACAAAUGUAUUAGUUCUACUUGGGUUAUCAGUGUUACUAUAAUAUUCCAAAAGGGAAUUUAAAUUAUUUUCAUUGUGUCUACACUGUUACUGGGAUAAAGUUUGUUGCCCGCUUAUUAUCAUUAAGCUUCCCGUAUUCUCAUUUUAAAGUAUUUGAUAUUAUAUAGUUUCACGUCGGACGUGUAAAUAGCCAUCGCGAUAUUUAUUGGCGGUUGUUGCAAAAAAACGCUUGUAUGUACAAGGAUCCAGCCAUGGAUGAGAAUCCACCUUUAAAGAAUGGUGAUCCCAUGGAACUUUCCUCCGAUGACAUACUUGGUGUAAUGAAAAAUAUUUCAAUGGUCAAAAAUGGCUUAAUGUCUUAUGAAAAUGACACUGAACAAGUUGAAAUUGGUAAUAGUGAUGCAGAUGCAAUGUUUACAAUUGGCGAUAAUGACUUAAGUUCUUUUGAAAGAGAUCUAUUAGAUAAUGUAAUUGGAAUGGCAGAAGAAGAAGUAGUUACUCAAUACGAUGAAACACCAACUGUAAAAGAAAAAUUCAACAAAUACAUGAACAAAGGUAAAAUGUUGAGUGAGCGACUUCAAAAAAUAAUAUCAAAGCUACAAAAUAUACAACUUAAAACCAUGAGCAAAUGUUCCACUCAAGAAAUCUAUAAUGUGCUACAAUCACAAAAAAGUAAUGCUAUUAAAAAUAUCAAAUCAACACUGCUCAAAGUUCAAAAAAGGCAAUCUAAUCCAUUUUUGAAAAGUUUACUUUGUGAUGAAAUUAAAGAUGGUGAAAAGGUCUUCGGAAUGCUUGAGUCGCAAAUUAAAACAGUAAAUGAAGAAUAUGAUUCGGAAGCAACAGCCAGUGAUUCAGAAAGUGAUACGUUAGGAGAAACUAGCGAAGAAGAAUUACAAUCAUCUAGUUGUCCUAUUGAGAAAAGAAAUUCUUGGAAAUGGCUUCAUGAACGAGUAAGUAUUGCUUACCGAUUAACUUGGCUUGUUAAUGUUAUGUCUGAUAUUGAGUUCAAAAUCAAUUUUUAUAAUGAAGCUUUAAAUCGGUAUUCUUCUCAUCCAUUUAUACAAGACCAGGAAGAAGAAUCUGGUAGAAGAUGUUUUCCAUAUGAACCAAAAACUCAACAUAGAAUGUUAAUGCAACCUCCACUCAUAAACUUGGCUGCAGCUUUAAAACAGGGGGACAAAGCAAAAUUAAAUCGUAUUAAUCCCUGUGACUGCUAUGGUAUUGAUUCUUGUCCCACUUGUGUAAGUCUUCAGCGCAAUUCAAAUGAUUCUGGUCAUUUUUUGAGUGAUACUUUUCAUCCAGUCCUAUCAUAUUCUAAAGAUAUUUCUUUAAAUGUUGCGCUAUCGAAUGAGUUAGGAAAAUCGUCUUUUCAUCUAAAACAAAAAAAUAAGUCUUCAUCAGAUACAGAUUUUAAUAAAUAUUUUGUGGACCGAACGCCUGAACAAAGUCCUCCUAUUAGGCAAGUUCCACCUGUUAAACUACAAAAUGCCUGGCCAACCCGCAAUGAUCCAAUUACUAAAUUCAAUCGAAAUCAAAGACAAGCAAGAAAAAGGAGACGUAUGCGUUAUAGCAAGCAUAAAAGAAGUAGAAUGGAUGAAGAUUAUAAAUAUAAUAGUCGAAGAAGUAGUGAAAGUAUUUGUGACGAUGAUGAUCUUGAUGAGGCGUAUGAAGAAGACAAUUAUGACUCUGAUCCAGAUUAUAGCCCUUGGUUCCCAAGAACCGGGGAUAAAACAUACAAUGCUAAGCGUGAAUAUGAUAUUGACAAUAUUGUUAUUCCAUAUAGUAUAGCUGCUGCAUCAAGAGUUGAAAUGGUAAAAUAUAAAGAAAUAGUUACACCUAAGUGGCGCAUUGUUAAAGAAUUAGAUGUAGAUCCAGUUGAAUUUGCUGCAACAGUUCCAGAACCAGAUGUUGUUGAAGAUCUUGAUGAUGGAAGACGCAGUGCUCAUCAUGAAGCAUGUGAAAUUGAAGAACGAAUGAGAUUCAGGACUAUAAAGAAACAAACAGAGCGCACACAUAAGAAUAGUGGGCAUUGUAGUAGUGGUGAGAAUACAUCUGAAGCAAUGUCACCACUAUUUGAAAGUCGGUCUCCAAUGCCUACUGUGGAAGAGGAACCAGAUGCAGGACCUAGUAAUCAAGAUUGGAACCAAUAAAAUAUUUUUAUUAAUAAUUAAUGGAUAAAUAUUGUAUAUUAUAAAUUGUAUAAACCAAAGUUAAUGCUGUAGGUUAGUUUCACAUAAAAUUAAUUGUCAUAUUUAGGUAUAUUUUUUUUUUAUAAAUUAGAACUAAUGUAAAAUAUAUUUUCUUAACUU